CGCCUUUUUCGCUACAGUGGAAUAAGACCUGUCAGAUGCAAGCCACCACGCUCAGACUGGCAAAUAGCUCGCGAAAAGGAAUUCCUCGCUUCGAGAGCUCGAGUACCUGGAAGACGCGGGUCGUCUAUAGUAGAGACAGGACAGGACCAGGAUGGAAGGAAUGCGAGUGAUAUACCAUAUUAUGGUGAUAGCCUGCUGCGAUGUCUGAGCUUAACAUAAUAUUCAGAUCUCCUGAGAAAACUAUGCUUGAAUUUGUAGCAGUCAUGCAAACAACAUGUUUGCUGCGUUCAUCCUUUUGUUUUACUCUGUCUACUUACACGCAUCAGUGAGAUUGGAGCUUCUGGUGUUUUCUGAAACAGAAUUUCUACACCUUCACCAUUCGACUAACUCAGGAGAUUGAUUAGUUCAUAACACAAGAUGUACGUCACCUACUUCACUUUCCUGCUCGCCACAACAUCUACCUCUCUAACCUCCCAUCAAAGAACUGACCGAAGACGACGUGACACCGUUACCGCAAGCCGUGAAGAACCUACUGAAACUGGACUGCGCGAACGGCAGAGAAGUGCAUCAAUAUCGAAAGAGGUUGUUGAUCAAGAAGUUUCAAGUCUCACCAUUCGACACCAACAGCCCAGCUGUCCGUAUCGCAU